GUAAAAUGAGCUCCAGCCUGCUUGCGAGCCUCUCCCGGCUCUCCCUACUUCAAACCCGCCAAAUUCAUCAAACAAUUCCCGCCGGCUCCUCGGUUUUUAUGAAAAGACAGAAGAAAAUUGAUCCGGAGGUAGCAAAGCAGCGAGAGACCCGACGCAGAAAACGGCUGGAAAAGGAUAUUCGUCAGAUGCAAAAGCACUCGAAAAAGCCGAAACCAGUGGAUGAGCUCACUUUGGACGUGAAAUCCGCGAAAAAUAUCGGAGAACGCCGCCGCCCACGCACCGAGCUCACCUUGGAGCAAAUUGACGAACGAGCCAUCGCUCUGAAGGAUUAUACACGCUCCCGGUUGGCUUUGCAGCAGGAGGAUGACGCGUGGAUUCGUGGAGCCAUCGAAUCGCAGAGAAAAGCUCUAAAUGAGCUGAAAAUGCUCAAAUUGGAGCUCUACGAGGCGGCUGUACAGCCAGCAGCCAAGGAUUUACCGCUUAUUGUUCAGGGACCCUCACUGACUCCGCCCAUUCGAAACUACGAGGCUCCGGACGGCGACUACAUUGAUACUACGAGAAAUUGGGCAUCUUAGAGCCGAAAAUUGUUGAUUUUUAUGUGUUUUAUGGGUAUUUUUGUUGUAGACAGUGACAUAGGAUGACGCAUUAAUAAAGGAAUUAUCGAUU